ACCUCCACUUCACCUACUCCACUACUCCAACUCCACUUCACAUCUCCUAUAUAAUGUACAUACAAUACAAUCAACAUACAUCAAUCAAUAAUACAUACAUCAAUUUUAACAACUUCUAUGGAGAAUCUUGAAACCAAGUGGCCAAAUAUAGUUCAGAAGGUAGUGAAGACACAUGAGGAGCGGAGAAGGGAAAUUGAGGUUCAAGUGGCUGCAGCGAGGCUUGUGCAGCAAAAUUUAGAAUCUAUGCAAACAGAACCUGAUCUGAAUUCGGAGAAAAACAAACUUGAUGAACGAAGGAAGUAUGCUUCCCUGAUGAAGAUGAUGCCAUCAUUGAAAAGAAUGGAUGAGUUUAAAUCGUAUUGGAACUCUAUGAGUGUCGAGAAAAAGCGGGGAUUGCUUGAACUCAGAAUUCGCGAUUUGAGAGACCAUUUUAGUUCAAUGAAAGAUGGUUUAGCGGCAAAGACUUUCUCAGAAGCUUUAGGCUUUGCCCAAGAGAACAAGACUUGGAAGUUCUGGUCUUGUUUCUUUUGUGGUGAGACGUUUAAAGACUCAGAAUUGCAAAUGCAGCAUAUUGACCAGGAGCACAAGAAAGGCAUCUCAUCGAAGUUGCAACAAGUUAAGCCAGAAGAAGUUGAUGCUGAUUGGGCUGAAAUGCUUGUCAAUUGUACAUGGAAGCCAGUGGAUACCCAUAGAGCUCGGAAAAUUAUUCACAAACAAUUAGAAAGCGUAUUGGCUAAUCUUCCUGAUAAUGAUGAAUACUGUCUGAAGGAGGAUGAAGAGCCAAACAAAGGGCAGGUUCGCAGUGGUAAUGAAAGAAGCAGACAUGAUUCUGAGGGGUAUUUGCAACUUAUGGCCUGCCCGGAUGAUCAGAAGUGGCCAAUAUCUGAUGAUGUUGAGCGUGCAAAAAUUCUUGAAAGCAUUCAUGCUGAGUUCCAAAUACUUCUUAGACACAAAUGUCUUGCUCAGAGUACUCUUAAACAGUUGAUAAAUGACACCAUAGAAGAACUGCAGAAUUUUGUUCCAUUAUCGGAGAUUUACAGUAAUGGCCUGGAGAAAACACCUCUCUGUAUCUGUUUUAUGGAGGAGCCCUAUUUAAAAAAGAUCCUUACAUUCUUGCAGACCGUGGCCAUUAGUUAUGGCUUAAACAUGUACCUUGACGAGGGUAGUUCCUUGAAUGAUGAACUUAAUGUCUAUGAGGGGAAGGUAGUUAAAGAAAGGAUUGUUUUUAAUGGUGACUCAUCAUGUCUCCUUCUGGAUGAGCGUUUACUGCGAGGGGAGCUAUUGCCAUGCAAUUACGAGGAUGCUGUUGCAGAUGAUGGUUCAGCAAUAACUUGUACCAUUGGUCAUGAUGAAGUUGAUGUGCUUCCAGAUAGUGAUGCUUUAAUUCGUUGGUUGUUUUCUGGUCAUUCAAUUGGAGAAGAAUUAACAUUAUGGACAAAUAUACAACAUGCUGCGAGGCAUCAAGGAAUGAAUGUUAUUCGGACAUUUGAGAAAGAAUUUGAUCACUUAGAAAUGAUGCAAAGCAAAAAAUGUGAACUUUUGAGCCAUAAGGAAGCAUUACAGGCAUUAGAGAGCAUUUGCAUUAAGGAGCUUGAGAAGAGGGAGCAAGUUGCAGAGCAUAUCCUGCAAAGUUAUGUGUCCCUCUUAAGGAGGCGGCAAGAUGAACUUAUUGGGGAAGACAAUGAUGCUAUGUCCCACAGCAGUAGAUUUGAGUUAGAUGCUAUAUCUAGCAUACUUAAAGAAAAUUUGACCAGCAUCAGUUCACCGAGUUGUAACCAUGAGCAUCAAGAAGAUGCUUGCAUUAGAAUUGCAAUACAGAGACAUAUUGAGGAGCCAUCUGCAGAGGUAGCUAUGUUUCUUAGAAAAAUUGAAGCAAUAUUUGUGGGGAGUUUUAUGGUUGCGCGACAGCUGGGGGUAAACUUUAUGCAGACAUCUAGACAAGACUAUCAGUCCAUCAUGUUGCCCCUUCUUAAGUCAUUCAUGCGGGCACAAUUCGAGGCUUUGGUUAACGAAGAUGCAGAGCAGAAGUCAGCUGCUGCAGAAGCAGCAUUAUUAUCAGAACUUGCAGUAGAUGCCAAAAAGAAUAUUAGCAAAGGAGGCAAUAAUACAAAACUUCGACAUGGAAAUCCAAAGGCCAAGAAAAAAAUGAAGGAGUCAAAGGCUACUUGUGGCAGCGAGCUGAAAGAGAAAAAUGAAGAACAAGAUCAAUUUCCUGUUGGCUAUGAUGGUGAUUAUCAAAGUUCUGAGAUUGUUGUUCCUGAAAGAUCUGAUGAAUUUGAGCUACAAGACAAUGAACCUCAGCAUGAAAUUGAGCAUGAAAUGGAUGAAAGAAAGCUCAAAGAGAUGUUGGAGUAUCAAAAAAAGAUUGAGGAUGAGGCCAAACUGAAGAAUCUAGCCAAGCAAAAUAAGAAUGCUGUUGCAACCAUAACCGCAGAGUCAGAGAAAAUGGAUGUUACUUGCUCAACGCUUAGUGAUGAUUGUGAUCCAGGUGUCCCUGUGAGCACUUUGGAGGAAACUAAGGUGCUUGACAAUUCUUCGAAAGUACAAACGACCACAAGGAGAUCUCGAACCCUUGGUGAGGUCAGGCAAGAGACAUUAGUAGCACAGAAGAGCCUUUCCUCAACAACGAGCCAAAGGGUACCUCCUACAGUAUCCUCAGAAGAAUUUUCAGUCUGGUCAGAUUUAUUCGGUCCAGGACUAAGAAAUGAUGUUGGUGAAAACAAUUGCUUUUUAAAUGUAAUUAUACAGUCUCUCUGGCAUUUAAGGAAGUUUAGAGACGAGUUUUUGAGUAGAUCAACAUCCAUACAUGUGCAUAUCGGAGAUCCUUGUGUUGUUUGUGCAUUACAUGAGAUUUUCAAUGCCCUAAGUGUGGCAUCUACAAAUGUGACGAAAGAAGUUGUUUCUCCUACCAAUUUAAGAAAUGCUUUGAGCAAUUUAAGCCCUGAUGGUAAUUUAUUCCAGGAAGCACAGAUGAAUGAUGCUUCUAAAGAAGCAAUUAAUUGCACAGGCUCGUGGGAUUGUGUUAGUGAUGCUUGUAUAGCACAUACAAUUCUUGGAAUGGACAUAUUUCAAAAAAUGAACUAUCACAACUGUGGUAUUGAAUCUGAACAAAUGAAGUUUACUUCUUUUUCCCACUUCAUACGUGCCGUAGCACUCAGAGGAAUGAAGUGUUACUAUGCAGAGAGAUCUUUUGAUGAGCUUUUGGAGCUUGCGGAAAUGCAUCAUUAUAGAAUUUGUGAUCCUGAGGUUGGCGGCUGUGGCAAAUUAGACAAUGUCCACGAUAUUCUUUCAACUCCUCCACAUGUGUUCACAACAGUUCUUGGUUGGGAGAGUCGUAGUGAGCUUGCAGAUGAUAUAUCUGCAACAUUGAGAGCUCUGAGGACUGAGAUAGAUAUUGGUGUCAUGUAUGAGGGUGUAGAUCCAGGGAAGAUAUAUUCCCUUAUUUCAAUGGUAUGCUAUUAUCGACAACACUAUAUCUGCUUCAUUUACAACCAUGUGUAUAAAAAGUGGAUUAUGUAUGAUGAUGAAACUCUGGAGGUUAUUGGCUAUUGGGAUGAUGUUCUUGCCAAGUGUGAAAAAGGGUAUUUACAACCUCAGGUUCUGUUUUUUGAAGCUGUAAAGUAGUUUUUCUUUGGAUGCAUCAUUGGAAUACACAACAGUUAGGCAGUUAAACUUGUUAGCAUUUCUGAUAAAACUGUACUUCUGUUCAUUUUGGUUUCUGUUGCUUUAGCUUUGUCAAGGGAGAACUAUCAUGUAUAAAUAGAGUAGGAAGGUGUAUAACAGUUCCUUCAUUGUAGCAAUAACUCUGAACUCAAUAAGAAUUCAGUCCUAGUUUCUCUCAAUCUUGAAGCUGUGUGAGAUUAGUAACAGUUUACUUAUUAACUUGCAUAAAGUAAACAAAACUAGCACAGCUUGUGUCCUACAAAAUGGUUUUAGUCCAUUCUUUUGCAGUUCAAGUGAUGAAACAUAACCAACUCGCAGCCUCAUUCCAUUUGUUAUCUGCAAAUGCAAGACCAAACUAUAUACUGAACUUGUUGGAUCAUAUAUUGGGAAUUGGAUUCUGUGUCAGGUGCUGUACACCCAGGUCAUGAUGAAGUAGGUGUCUCUAGUGCAAAAUAUCUUGCCACUAACGGUCUCUUAUCCAACAGAAGGGUAAAACAUUAAUCCAAUUAAAACUGAAUAAAACCAAAGAUUAUCAUAGGAGGAUGUUGACUACUAAAAAUUCUAAAAUAAAAGUUCCUCUGAAAACGUUUACAAGUCCAUAUUCAAUUCCUGUAAUCGACAAACUUGAACCCAUCACACUAGACAUGUAAAAUUAAAUUUAAUACUAGAAAACAUCACAGGCUUCUAAAAUCGUCACUCUGUGAGUGAUAUCGCCACAAGACUAGUUAAAGCCCUCGUGAUACUCUGUCCCGACACUGUCCUUUUCGAUCAUUAGCUACUAAGUAAUGGAAAAUUCUAUCUACUCAUAAUUUUUGGUUUGAAGGUUAGUUCGGAUGUAAAGUGUAUGUUAUAAAUUUGAAUUUAGCGUGAUGUGAUAAAAAUGGUCCAUAGAUGUAUUUUUUUGGGGAAUAAUUUUUUGAGGUAUAUUGUAUUAUAUAAGUCAUUAGUUAAAACUUGAUCAAUAAGCUGAAAGAACAUAAAAGGAUCAUCAAUUACCUUUUUGUUUUUGUUUUUGUGUUUUAGGGCUGAGAUUAAAUGGAUUCGGUAGAGAUUACCAAUUGUUGUCUUCGAACAGUAUUAAAGGUUUUGAUACACUCUAGGAAGCACGGAUACGGAUACGGGAUACGGAUACGGAUACGAUACGAUACGGCGAUACGACAAAAUUUGAAAAAUUAGGAUACGGGUACGGCGGGGAUACGUUCGUAAAAAAUAUUAUUUUAAC